AUGCUAUCCAUUCGAAAGGUUUUUGGUAAAAGCAAACGCAACAAACAACAGAAAAAGAAACAGAAUUCGUUUGUCUCCACCGCUUCAUCCUCGACCGGUUCUACGCCCUCAACAUCCACACCCACUACCCCAACAUCAGGCCCCUUUAUCCAUGACAAUCGCGGCAUCUUCCGCACACUCGAGCCGGUGUGGUACUAUGGCUACUAUUCCAAUCAACAACAACAACAACAACAACAACAACAAGAUCCCAAUGGAAACGACGGUAGUGACAGCAACAGUGACAAUGAUACACAUCAAGUUGAGCAGGGAAUGGACUGGGUUCAAUUUGACUCGCAUUGUCAAACCGUGUUGGAAGUGGCCUAUCGACAGAACAAGGCAUCGUGUGACCUGGGCCAGAAUUGCAUUGUGCAUUUUACAGCAGCCAAGGAUGACUGGGUGUUGAAUGAGACUGUGCGACGCGUCGUGGCGCCGGUGUGGUGGUUCGAGCAAGACUCGGUUAUUGAUGGAAGCAAAGGCAUGUGUCGCUUCGACUACAAGAACCAGGCCCGUUUAGAAGCGCUGGCAGACGAGGACCGGUCCAAAUUGUCACUGGUGGAUGAGGCGUUUCCACAUCCGUUCACCAUUACCCUGGUUCCCAAGUCGCGCGAUCAAAGAGAGGAGUGGCGAGGCUUUCUGCAUCUGGAGUUCCCUGCAGUCUAUGUCAACAGCCAGCACAACCUGUUGGCCAGCCCAUACGACAGCAGUAAAGGAGCAGCGCUGGCAAUGGAUUACUUCUAUGACGGUUCGAUGGCGUCAUACCAGCAGGACGAUUACUAUGCUACGAGCACCGAUGGUGCUGGUCGUCGCUUCUCCAUUUAA